AUGAACACUAUCAACGUGUUCGAGGGGAAGCUUACUCGCGUGCAGGAGGAAUACGACCUCGUCUGCAGGGCAAAGGAGGCUCUAGACCUCGAGCUGACGCGUCAUACACGCCUUGAACCAGUCUUCGAGGAGCUACGCGACCUAAAAGCAGUAUGGACGGCGCUUUCUGGUGUAUGGAGCCAGAUCGGGGACCUGAGGGAGAUGUCGUGGUCCGUGGUGCAACCGAGGAAGUUGAGGCAGCAGCUCGAUAGCCUCUUGACGUCGACAAGGGACAUGCCCACGCGUAUGAGGCAGUACGCAGCGUUCGAAUACGUCCAGGACGUACUACGUGGGCUUUUGAAGUCGAACUCACUCAUUUCGGACUUGAAGUCGGAGGCGCUGAAGGACAGACACUGGAAGCAGCUCUUCAAGGUUUUGAGGCUUCCGUCUCAGAUCAGCUUGACCCUUAUGACUCUUGGCCAUGUUUAUGAUUUAGACCUCAAGAAGAAUGAUACUCCCAUACGCGAGGUUAUCAUUCAAGCGCAGGGAGAGAUGGCCCUCGAAGAGUAUAUCAAGCAAGUGAAGGAAAUAUGGACGAACUACACGCUCGAUCUUAUCAACUAUCAGAACAAGUGUCGUUUGAUCAAAGGAUGGGAUGAUCUCUUUAACAAGUGCAGCGAGAACUUGAACUCCUUGACUGCGAUGAAAUUGUCGCCUUAUUACAAGGUCUUUGAGGAAGAAGCAGGGUCAUGGGAGGAUAAACUCAACAGGAUUCAUGUACUCUUUGAUGUCUGGGUUGACGUACAGCGUCAAUGGGUAUAUCUAGAAGGCAUCUUCUCGGGCAGUGCGGACAUCAAGCACCUCCUUCCGGUGGAAAGCGCCCGUUUCCAGAAUAUCAAUGCAGAGUUCCUGACCGUGAUGAAAAAAGUGUACAAGUCGCCAUUCGUCAUAGACGUCAUGAACAUCCAGGGCAUCCAGAAGAGCUUGGAGCGUUUGGCGGACCUUUUGAAUAAGAUCCAAAAAGCGCUUGGUGAAUACCUCGAGCGCGAGCGGUCUUCGUUCCCUCGGUUCUACUUCGUCGGUGAUGAAGACCUGCUGGAGAUAAUCGGUAACAGCAAGGAUAUCGUGCGCAUCAUGAAGCACCUGAAAAAGAUGUUUGCUGGUAUUUCGACCAUCAAGCUCGAUGAGGACCUUACUCAGAUCCAGGGCAUGGCCUCGCGCGAAGGGGAGGAGGUUAAAUUCAGUGAACCUGUUUUGCUCAAGGACUUCCCCAAGAUUAAUGACUGGCUCACAAAACUCGAAUCCAUGAUGCGAUUGUCCCUUGCAGAUCUUUUAUGUGAUGCUGUCACCGAGCUACAGUCCUUCUAUGGCACUGGUUCUCCCUUGGAAAUGGACCAGCUCAUGACGUGGAUGGAGAAAUAUCCUGCACAAUUGGUCACACUAGCUGUUCAAGUUGCAUGGACUACUGCAGUUGAUGCCACUCUCGAGUCCGGCGAGCUCCCAGAACCGCCACUUGAAACAGUCAGCCAGGCACUCGACCUUCUUGCGGACAUUGUGUUGCAGGAACUGAGCCCCGUCACCCGUCGCAAGUGCGAGCACCUCAUUACCGAACUGGUCCACCAAAGAGACGUCACGCGUACACUCAUCCAGCAGCGUGUCACGGAUACCAAGGCCUUUACGUGGCUAGCGCAGAUGCGUUUCUAUUUAGACCGCUCUGUGGAGAAUCCAUUGGACAGACUUGCCAUCUGCGUCGCUGAUGCAUCGUUCCCUUACGGAUGGGAGUAUCUCGGUGUCCCUGAUCGUCUUGUCCAGACACCGUUGACAGACCGGGUGUACUUGACAUUGACUCAGGCGCUCGACAACCAGCUGGGAGGCUCACCUUUUGGACCUGCUGGUACAGGCAAAACGGAGUCUGUCAAAGCUCUUGGUGUCCAGCUGGGGCGUUUCGUUUUGGUCUUCUGUUGCGACGAGACUUUUGAUUUCCAAGCCAUGGGUCGCAUCUUCGUUGGGCUUUGUCAAGUUGGUGCAUGGGGAUGUUUUGACGAGUUCAAUCGACUUGAGGAGCGUAUUCUCAGUGCUGUGUCUCAGCAAGUACAAAGCAUUCAGCAAGGUCUUGUUGCAUUGGCGAAGAAUCCUAACAUCGAAAUCGAGCUUGUUGGCAAAAACCUCAAGAUCAGUAAGAACAUCGGUAUUUUCAUUACGACUAACCCUAACUACGCUGGUCGGUCUCAGCUCCCGCCUAACUUGACGAAAUUGUUCAGGCCGAUGGCCAUGACGAGACCUGACCGCGAGCUGAUUGCCCAGGUCAUGCUCUUCUCACAAGGUUUCCGUACAGCGGAAUCACUCGCUUCAAAGAUUGUACCGUUCUUCAAUCUUUGCGAUGAACAGCUCUCCCCCCAGCCACAUUACGAUUUCGGUCUCCGUGCUUUGAAGGCUGUCCUAGCAAGUGCUGGUAUCUUAAAGCGUGAGCGUCUGCAGAGUGCGAGAUCCGAAGAUGAGGAUGGUGUAGUUGGUCUUUCCGAUAGCAUCUCGGAGCAGAUUAUCCUCAUCCAGAGUGUCACGGAGACAAUUGUGCCGAAGUUGGUUGCUGAUGAUGUUCCUCUGCUUACAAGCCUGCUUGCUGAUGUCUUCCCCGGUACCGACUACGUUCCGGUUGACCUCGAUGCUUUACGCGAGCAAAUUCUCAAGGUUUGCGCGGAACGCCGCCUUGUCGACGGUGAUCGAUGGGUUGCCAAGAUUCUUCAACUUUAUCAGAUCCAGAAGAUUCAACAUGGUCUUAUGAUGGUGGGGCCUUCGGGUACUGGAAAGACCAAUGCUUGGCAGGUUCUGCUUGCCGCGCUUGAGAGGCUCGAUGGCAUCGAAGGAAUUCCUUAUGUCAUUGACCCUAAGGCCAUGCACAAGGACGCGUUGUACGGCACACUCGAUCCUACCACACGUGAAUGGAACGACGGGCUGUUCACCCACAUCUUGCGCAAGAUUGUUGAUGACGUUCGUGGUGAAAGCAGUAAGAGACACUGGAUCAUCUUCGAUGGUGAUGUUGAUCCUGAGUGGGUCGAGAACUUGAAUAGUGUGCUGGAUGAUAACAAACUGCUCACGCUGCCCAAUGGUGAACGUCUGAACCUCCCACCUAAUGUUCGCAUCAUGUUCGAGGUCGAGCAUCUUCGCUAUGCCACCUUGGCUACCGUCAGUCGUUGCGGUAUGAUCUGGUUCAGUGAAGACGUCAUUGAGCCAUCAAUGGUCUACCGUCACUACCUCAACACUCUGACAGCAGUGCCCCUGGAUGCGGAUGAUGAAGAUGCCGUCGAUAUGCCUGGCCGUCGUGUUGAUGCACUAGCCACAGAUGCCUCUAACUCUGCCAAUCUUGCCACUCAAGUACAGAUCGCGUCCAUUCUGGAGCGCUAUUUCAGCGACGGAGAUCUUGUCGACUCUGCCCUGACGUUCGCCGAGUCUAUAGAUCAUAUCAUGGACUUCACCUCGACACGUGCAUUGCACACUCUUUUCUCGCUAUUGAACAAGACAGCGCGAAACGUCAUCGAGUACAACCUGCAACAUUCCGAUUUCCCUCUUGCACCUGAAAAGGUAGAGCACAAACUGGCAUCGACCUUCCAACGAUGGGCCUCCGACAACUCUCUCAUUGACUUCGACGUCCAAAUCGCCACUGGUGACUGGAUUGCUUGGCAGUCCAAGGUGCCCUCCAUUGAGAUCGAUGCCCACGCCGUCACAUCUUCAGACAUUGUUGUACCUACGAUGGACACUGUGCGCCACGAAGAAGUUUUGUACUCAUGGCUGUCGGAGCACAAGCCUCUGAUGCUCUGUGGUCCUCCGGGUUCUGGAAAGACCAUGACACUGUUCAGUGCAUUGCGCAAGCUUCCCGACAUGGAAGUUGUUGGCCUGAACUUCUCUAGCGCUACCACGCCAGAGCUCAUCUUGAAAACUUUUGAGCAGUAUUGCGAGUACCGCAAGACUCCCAACGGUGUCAUUCUGGCCCCAGUGCAGAUCGGUCGGUGGUUGGUUGUCUUUUGCGACGAGAUCAAUCUGCCCGCUCAAGAUAAAUACGGCACCCAGCGAGUCAUCUCUUUCUUGCGUCAGCUUGUCGAAUGUGGAGGUUACUGGCGUGCGAAGGACAUGGCCUGGGUCAAGUUGGAGCGCAUUCAGUUUGUGGGUGCUUGCAACCCUCCUACUGAUCCUGGACGUGUACCUCUUAGCCAUCGUUUCCUUCGUCACGCUCCCCUCGUCAUGGUGGAUUAUCCUGGAGAGGUUUCCUUGAAACAGAUUUAUGGCACGUACAACAGAGCACUGUUGAAAGUGGUCCCGACCCUGCGGGCAUAUGCAGAGCCACUGACAGAUGCCAUGGUCGCUUUCUAUCUCUCAUCUCAGAAACGCUUCACGACCGAUAUCCAAGCACAUUACGUCUACAGUCCUCGCGAGCUGACAAGAUGGGUUCGUGGUAUCUACGAGGCAAUCCGGCCUUUGGAAACGUUGUCUGUCGAAGGUCUUGUGCGUGUCUGGGCGCAUGAGGCCCUGCGCCUGUUCCAAGACCGUCUUGUCACGGAGGAUGAGAAAAGUUGGACAGAUGAACACAUCGAUAACGCAGCCAUGGAGUACUUCCCGACGAUCGACCGGAAUGAAGCCCUACACAGACCGAUCCUUUUUUCCAACUGGACCUCCAAAUACUAUAUUCCUGUUGAGCGUGAGGAGCUUCGUGAGUACACGAAAGCUCGCCUCCGAGUCUUCUAUGAGGAAGAACUGGACGUGCCACUUGUUCUCUUCAACGAUGUUCUUGAUCAUGUCCUUCGGAUUGACCGGGUAUUCCGCCAGGUGCAGGGGCAUCUGCUUCUUAUUGGUGUCAGUGGUAGCGGCAAGACCACACUCUCACGUUUUGUCGCAUGGCUUAAUGGCCUUAGCAUCUUCCAGAUCAAGGUCUCCAAUAAGUACACUGGUGAUGAUUUUGACGACGAUUUACGGACAGUAUUGCGCCGAUCUGGUUGCAAGGGCGAGAAGAUUUGCUUCAUUAUGGAUGAGUCCAACGUCCUUGAUUCUGGUUUCUUGGAACGGAUGAAUACGCUCCUUGCUAACGCUGAAGUUCCUGGUCUCUUUGAAGGAGAUGAACACGCUGCACUCAUGACAGCUUGCAAAGAAGGUUCUCAAAGGGAUGGCCUGAUGCUCGACUCGCACGAGGAGCUUUAUCGAUGGUUCACUCAGCAGGUCGCUAAAAAUCUUCAUGUCGUUUUCACUAUGAACCCGCCUGAGAACGGCCUUGCUUCUCGUGCUGCUACUUCUCCUGCAUUGUUCAAUCGUUGUGUUCUUGACUGGUUCGGUGACUGGUCUGACCAGGCAUUCUAUCAAGUCGGAAUGGAGUUCACGCAUACGAUUGACCUCGAUCUACCUUCCUACACCCCUCCCGCACUCUUCCCCAUUGCAUACCGCGAAUUGUCCAUGCCACCAGUCCAUCGCACAGCAGUGGUGAACGCAUUGGUUUACGUUCAUUCGUCAUUGCAUCAGAUCAACCAACGUUUGAGCCGCCGGCAGGGUCGCUAUAACUACGUCACACCGCGUCACUAUUUGGACUUCAUUAAUCAAUACGUUCGUCUCUUCAAUGAGAAACGUGAUGAGCUCGAGGAGCAACAGCGCCAUCUGCAUGUUGGUCUCGACAAGCUGAAGGAUACCGUCACUCAAGUCGAGGAGCUGCGCAAGAGUUUGGCCAUCAAGCGAUCUCAACUGCAAGCGAAAGAUGCUGAAGCCAACGAGAAGCUCAGGCGUAUGGUUGCAGAUCAACAGGAAGCCGAACAGAAGAAAACUGCUUCAAUAGAGAUCCAGGCGGCUCUUGUUGAACAAGAUAAAAAUAUUGCGCAACGUCGUUCGGUUGUCAUGGCGGACUUGGCUGACGCGGAACCAGCUGUCCUGGAUGCCCAGUCCGCUGUUAGCAGCAUCAAGAGGCAGCAUCUCCAAGAGGUCAGAACCAUGGCGAACCCUCCUGAAGCAGUGAAACUUGCUAUGGAGUCCGUGUGUACCCUGCUGGGACACAAAAUCGACAGCUGGCGUACUGUUCAGGGUAUCAUUCGUCGGGAUGACUUCAUUCAGAGGAUCGUCAACUUUGACACCAAUAGUCAAAUGACGAAGCCCCUUCGCGAGCUGAUGAAAAGGGACUUCUUGAGCCGACCUUCGUUCAACUUCGAAACAGUGCAGCGUGCGAGUAAAGCUUGCGGUCCCCUGGUGAAAUGGAUUCUCGACAAGGUGGAACCUUUGCGCAAUGAGGUCCAAUCACUGGAGUCGCAGGCAGAUAUGACAAAGAAACAGGCCUCCCAGAUCAUCACCAUUGUCGCCGAGUUGGAAUCCAAAAUUGCGACCUAUAAAGAGGAGUAUGCAUUGCUUAUCAGCGAGACUCAGGCUAUCAAAUCGGAGAUGGAGCGUGUGCAGAGUAAAGUGGACAGGAGCAUGAAACUUCUUGAGAGUUUGUCAUCGGAGAAAGGCCGUUGGGAGUCGGGGAGUCGCACAUUCGACGCGGAGAUGAGCACCAUUGUUGGCGAUGUCCUACUUUCAGCUGCCUUUUUAGCUUAUGGUGGCUUCUUCGAUCAACAUUAUCGUGAGGUCAUGUGGCAAGAAUGGUCGAGCCAUCUUCACGAAGCAAGCAUCAAGUUCAAGCCAGAGCUUUCGCUCACGGAGUAUCUAUCGACUGCUGAUGAUCGCCUGAGCUGGCAAUCGAAGUCACUCCCAUCGGACAAUUUGACCACGGAGAACGCAAUCAUGUUGAAACGUUUCAACCGCUACCCUCUUAUUAUCGAUCCCACAGGGCAAGCCACUACAUUCCUUCUCAACGAAUACAAGGACCGCAAGAUCACUGUCACCAGCUUCUUGGAUGAGGCAUUCCUCAAGGUCCUUGAGAGCGCUCUUCGUUUCGGGAAUCCUUUACUUAUUCAAGAUGUCGAACAUCUCGACCCUAUCCUGAACGCUGUGCUGAACAGGGAAAUCCGGAGAACUGGUGGUCGUGUUCUCAUCCGCCUUGGCAGCCAGGACAUCGACUUCUCUCCUUCGUUUACCAUGUUUUUGUCCACUCGCGACCCCUCCGUCGAGUUCUCUCCAGAUAUCUGCAGCAGGGUAACGUUUGUCAACUUCACCAUGACGAGGAGUAGUCUCCAGAGUCAGUCGCUAGAUCAAGUUCUUAAAGUCGAACGUCCGGACACUGAACGCAAGAGAACUGAUCUGAUGAAGGCCCAAGGAGAGUUCAGACUUCGCCUUCGUACGCUGGAAAAGUUGCUGCUGCAAGCUCUCAAUGAAUCAACGGGUAACAUUCUUGACGAUGACAAAGUCAUCAGCACCUUGGAGACCCUCAAACGAGAGGCUGCGGACAUUACUCACAAGGUUGAAGAAACGGAUAUCGUUAUGAAGGAGGUUGAGCAAGUGACUGCGGAGUACCUGCCUCUGGCGCAGGCAUGCAGUUCCGUCUUUUUCAUUCUUGAGCAACUUAACCUGGUCAACCACUUCUAUCAAUUCUCGCUGCGGUUCUUCCUGGACAUAUUCGACUACGUUUUGCAUCACAAUCCUAAUCUCAAGAACGUAUCCGACCAUCAUCGUCGGCGCGAGAUCCUCCUCAACGACUUGUUCUUAAUCGUCUACAAGCGGACUUCUAGGGCUCUUCUUCAUCGUGAUCAUGUGAUGCUUGCCGUUCUUCUGGCUCAAGUCAAGCUCCGCGGAAUGGAAGAUAUCAGCGAUGGAUUGGAGUUCCUGCUGGAGAGCGGGCAAGGCGUUGCAGUUUCUACAGCUCCCUCUACAGAGCACCCUACCCCUUCGAUACUGACGCCAGAUCAGAUGAUGCACUUGGAGAGCUAUGCCAAACAAUCCUUAUUCAAGCCAGUUCUCAACAACAUAUUGGAGCACCCAGAUGAUUGGAUUCCUUUCCUGCAAUCGAGUAGUCCUGAAUCUAUUGUUCCAACUCCCUGGGAACCCAAUACACCUGUCGUCGAAGCACUGCGUUCAAUGCUGAUUGUCAAGUGCCUUCGGCCCGACAGACUGUUGCAGUCCACAGCCCUAUUCGUUCGAAAUGUGUUCCAGAGCGACCUUUCAUCUGAUUUGGAUCUGGGCGCCAUGGUCGCGAAUGAGGUGCCGGCAGUGACUCCUUUGGCCCUUGUAUCGGUUACUGGUUAUGAUGCCAGUUACCGUGUAGAGAACCUCAUACAAUCUACUGGUGCACGUUCCUCCUCAGUGGCCAUGGGUUCUCAAGAAGGUUUUACGUUGGCAGACCAAGCAAUCGCAGCAGCAUCCCGUCAAGGGACAUGGGUGCUUCUGAAGAACGUGCAUCUCGCUCCUACGUGGCUAGGACAGCUGGAGAAGAAGCUCCAGACAUUGAAUCCUCAUCGAAACUUCCGCCUUUUCCUGACCUUAGAAGCGAAUCCUUCCAUUCCUGUAAACAUCUUACGCCAGUCACGCAUCAUCAUGAAUGAGCCUCUGCCAGGAAUCAAAGCAAACCUCUUGGACUCACUUGGAUCCAUAACGCCACAGCGGCUGGCGCAAGGUCCAUCAGAGAAGAUACGUCUGUACUUCCUAUUGGCGUGGUUCCAUGCUGUUGUCCAAGAGCGUCUCCGCUAUGUUCCAUUAGGUUGGAGCAAAACUUACGACUUCAACGACUCUGAUAUGGCCUCGGCUUUCGGAACCAUCGACACUUGGCUCAAUGCAGUUGCUAAAGGACGAGCAAACGUAGACCCAGCAAACAUUCCUUGGGAUGCCCUUAGAACGCUGAUCAAGCAGUCCGUCUAUGGAGGAAGAGUUGACAGUGAUUUUGACCAGCGCAUUUUGGACGCCUUUGUCGACAAGCUCUUUACCCCUGCUGCAUACAACGUUGACUUCGACCUCGUUCCAACCAUCGGUGAAGACCAUGCGCUUGAAGCUCCUGAUGGCACUAAACUAGAGCAUUUCUUGACCUGGGUUCAACGCCUGCCUGAUCGCGAACCACCUGCAUGGCUAAGCCUCCCUCCAACCGCAGAGCGUGUUAUUGCUGUAGCGCAAGCUCGGAAAUGCCGCUGGUCCCUCAAAAGUCAGACCCCGCAGCAACCUGCAUGGAUGCGCAACCUUCACGAGCGAUGUCGUGAGUGGCUUACGCAACUGCCUUCGACAUUGAAUACUCUGCCAAAGCAAUCCAAUGACAAUCCUGAUCCUCUCUAUCGUUUGUUCUUCCGGGAGGCCUCGAUUGGACGCAAACUUCUCGACCAGGUUUGCAAGGACCUGGCAGACGUAGUGAAGGUGUGCGAUGGAGAACUGAAGCAGACAAAUCACUUGCGAACUUUGAUGAGCUCCCUGACAAAAGGAACUAUUCCUUCUCACUGGAGGAGAUACAAGGUGCCAAAGGCCAUGUCCGUGUCAGAGUGGAUUCCAGAUCUGGCUCGUCGGUUGACCCAGCUCGAUGGCAUAACGAGUGUGCAACAAAAUCUUUCCAACGUGGAGGUGUGGCUUGGUGGACUGUUCUUCCCCGAAGCAUAUAUCACAGCGACCCGUCAAGCUGUGGCGCAUCGCAAACGGUGGAGUCUUGAGACGCUUCACCUGCGCCUAGACAUUGGCCAGAUGAACGAUCCCGGUGCAUUCAUUGUUGAUGGCCUUAUUCUGGAGGGCGCUGCUUGGGACACCGAGAAUGAAAAGUUGAUCCUCAAUGACGGGCAGGCUGUCCGACUCAAUGCCUCUCAAGUUCGCUGGGUGCAAGAUGACUCCAGUAACGAGGAACAGCCUACCGACCUAGUCACGUUGCCAGUUUACCUCAACAAUGACCGCAGUGAUGUGAUGUUUACGGUGGAUCUACCAUUUGAUAGACAUUCAGCGUCGCUGGUAGCAAUGAGGGCUGUUUGUCUCACCGCAAGGGGUUGA